AUGUCAACCCCAACCCCCGCCUCCACCUAUAGCGAUUGCGUCUCAUCAUUACGCACAUCCCUCACCCUGCUCGAAUCCUCCGUCGAAACCCUCGGAACCGGCGUCCAAGACUUUCCACGACUGGCCUCGAUCCUCAAGACCGUGCGGCACUACGAACUAAUCCCGCACCCAACCCUCUCCGCGGCCGAGGCCUCCCUGCGCGACGAGAUCGGGCCGUUCGUAACCCUCCUCCUCGACCGCGCAGACAAGCAUCUGGACCGUCAAGCGCGGCGGAUUGAGACACUCAAGGCGCGCGCAGAGCUCAAUGCGGGCAGGUUAUCACAUCUUCCCGAUAACACCAACGGUCAACAAGGGAAGUCGCGCGGUGGUGGCAACUACGGGAAAGGAGGGCGUCCACUCAGCGGGGAGGCGGGGGGUCUGCGUGUCAAAGUGGUGAGGCAGCGCAAGGAGGCGCUCAAGUACAGUGUUGAAAGGCUUGAGAUGGAGGUGCAGCAGAAGGAGAGGGAGUUGAGGAUGAGGCUGGAGAGGACUUGAGCUGAGCUGAUCUGAUCUGCGCAUCUGAAAGUUAUCUGGGUCGGCUGCGAUUGUUUGAUUUCAGAUUGGGGCUGGCUGGCAAAAAGGUUUUGGCUUAGAUGAUGUGGAAGGAAGCCA